CGGUGAUGAUUUGCUCACCUGGUAGAUCUGAGGCAGCUUCGGCACCUCCGGACGGUGCAGCACGCGAAGCGUCAGGCUGACCAUCUGCAAAUCCUUACUUCCAGUGGUGGUGGAGAUAUUGCGCGGCUUCGUCCGCACAUCGUAGACGAUGGCUCGCUGCAACCAGGGGAUCAAAAAGUGCGUGCCUUCGUUGACGACGGCCUCCUGCACACCCGAGAUCCUGUCGAAGAUGACGGCGCGAGUUCCACCGCGAACAUCGUAGAUGGAGGCGUUGAAUAAGAUGGCACCGACUGCCACGGGGCCAGCUAGCCGGUAGACGUUAUACAAGGCGUUGGCCAUGGUGUGAGGAAGGAUGUGGUUGAAUGUAGAUUGGAGAUGCUCUAGAGAGUGAGCUCGUCGUUUCGAUGAUGGCGGGCUUUUCGGGGCUGCCUAAUCGGGUUUAGUGCGCGGGUGCCAACUUCGCCCGACUUCGUCUUCGUCUUUUCCCUUUCCGCCCUUUAGCAAUCCACGUUCAACCUCACCUUCUCCUCACCUUUUCUCCUUGAGAUUCGACUCUAUCACAAUGGGCGGUGCUGCUGACGCUAAGAAUGGCCAUUUCAUUGGCAACUGGGGCGAGUUCGGCUGCCCGACCCCCCAGCGCAUUGCCACCUACUCGCUCUCUUCUAACCGCCAGCGCCCCUUUGCCGGUGCUUUCAACGCUGCCAUCUUCAACAGCUUCCGUCGUUUCCGCCACCAGGUUCUCUACGUUGUUCCCCCCUUCAUUGUUGCCUACGCCACCAUGAACUGGGCUGUUGAGCGCAACGAGUUCCUCAACUCCAAGCCCGGCCGCCUGCUCGAGAGCGGUGGUGAGGAGUAACUAUGGAGUUUGUCCGAGUUUCCGAGAUAAUUGAGCAAGGAGGAGAUGGAAGUAUACCGGGCUACGCACGCGCACAGCGAUGCGAGCCGAGCAGCUGUAUCCUUUGUACAGUAAACUAGAAAGCAAUCGAUCAAUUGUGUUUUAU